UUCAGUUUUUUGUAAGUAGUGUUUGACGACCAUGAUGAAAAUGAAUUUGUUGAUUUCGAUAAUUGUAGUAAUAUUAGUUGCAAGCACAUCCACAUACGCAUAUCAAUGGGUAGACUCCUUGGGACAUCCAAAUUAUCCGGGCCAAUGCGUUUACAGAGGUGUUUUAAUAUCUCCAAACAGUAUGUACUAUCCAAGUGAUGAAUGCUUAACCAUAGAAUGUAUGGAUACUUCUGGAAUUGCCUACUUUACAUCAUGUGAUCCAGUUGACAUUCCUCCGAAUUGCCAAUUGAGCGAUUAUGAAUUGGAUUUGGAAUAUCCUUAUUGUUGCGACAGAGAAACAAUUUGUUAUUAGUUGCUUUAUAAUUUAUUCAAUUUUUAUUUAUAAUAAAUUAAAACAUGCUUAGACCUUAAUUAUCACCAAAAUAAAAUAAUAAAAUAAAAUCUAAUAAAUCUGUUACUAUCAGGCUGAAUGUA